GUAUACCAACCUGGCAAAAAUAAAGACACCAACAAUGGCGACUAGGUUAUAUACAAUAAUUAAAAUUUAAUGUUAUUGUUUAUUGAUUAAUGAUUUAAUGAUUACUAAGUGAAAAAUCCGCAAAAAUGGACAUUUGUCGAUUGUGUUCCUCCAAGCCCGAAAUAUGCUACAACAUUUUCAAAAAAAACAUCGUCAACAUGAUUAGUGCACUAACAAACAACCAAAUUGAACCUUAUUAUGAGGGCGUUUCGGCCUGGGUUUGUGUGAAAUGUUUCCUCAACCUAAAAAUGGCCUACAAUUUCCAACAAAAAAUCCUAAAAAAUGAGCAACUGCUCCUGGACAGAGUUACACAACAGUCUGAGGAAAACACGUGUGAUGAAAAAGUUGUGAUUAACGAUCGAGAUGUGGUCAAGUUGUGUGAAGAAACCACAGAAAUUGAGGAACAAACACCGCCAGAAAUCGUACAAAUUUUCUCCCACAUUCGUCUGAAAAAAAUCACAAAAAACUCGUUUGUUACCGAAAAACCCCUAAUUACAGAUGAACCAAUCAAAACAGAGCUUUGUGACGUCAAAUGUGACAUAACCGUGGAAACUGAAGAUGUCAAAUGUGAGGAAACCAUGGCAACAAAUAAUGCUGUAGAAGAACCAAUCACGAGUGAUGAAAUUAAAUCUGAACCAAUGGAAGCUGCGAUUUGUGACAAAAGCGCAACACUUGUGAAUGACAGUCGAGAUGUCAUCAAGGCCUGCUAUUCGCACUUGGGGGAAACCCCGCCCGAAAUCAAAAAACUCUUCUCCAUAAUUCGCUCGAAGAAAAUCACCAAAAAUUCGUUUGUUCCACCAGAACCGGUCAAGACAACAACAACUGAGCGAAUUUAUUGUAAAAUUUGUCAACGAGUUAUGACAAAGCUACGCUUCCAGAAACACAGGCAUAAGAAGCGGCGACGAGGUCGCCAACCUGACAAAACAUACAAUGUAUAUACGCGAGUUAAAUUCCAUUAUUGAUCCUUAAAUAAUUGAAAGAUAAAUAAUUUGUUUUACUAAAGUUGUAGAAUAAUCCCUACAUCACCUAAAAUUAUUUUCAUGUAUACAGGGUGUUUCAGAAAUGAACUAUAAACUUGUUUUGUUGUUUGUAUUGUAACUAAUUUCGGGAACACUAUGUAUACUUAAAAAUAAUAAUAAUAAGUGAUGUUCAGGAGUUAAGUAUACGGCUUUCGUAACAAAAAAUGUUUUUCUUUUUAAUUUUUAAAGGACUAUAAUUUUUCAGAUCGCUGUAUAAAAUAUAUAAAUAACACUAGAAAAAAUCUUAAUGCCAAAAAAUAGUUAUUUAAUAAUAAAUGAGUUAAAUACAA